AUGGCAUUUGGCAUCUUGGAAUGCCAUCGUAUGGAACUCGUGCCGGGAACGGUUCGAUUGACCACCUUCGCUCUCAGACUGCUCCGACUGACGCGACCUAGGCUCUCCUACGCGACAAUACCGACCUUCCGCAAGAUCUGGCGGGUGAGCCUUCUGAACGUCUCAAACACGGCACUGGCCGCUUCAGUCAUGUUGUGCUUGUUCCACAGCCGUCCGACUCACCAAACGACCCGCUCAAUUGGCCGACCUGGCAAAAGGACCUCAUACUGUUUCUUGUUGGUAUGAGCGCCGCAGUCGUGGGUGCUUACGGUCCUAUGCUAGGACCUGGGUUUGUUCCUAUCUCGAAAGAAUUGGGAAUCACCGUGGAAGUACUCUCACAAGCGACUGCUUGGCUGAUUUUGUGUCUGGGGCUCUGUGUGUUCAUCUUCAACCCUCUGGCCAAAAUCUAUGGCAAGCGACCGGUCUACGUAUUUGCCUCGCUUAUACUGGUGAUCGUCAGCAUUUGGGUAUGCUACAAACCUCUCAAGCGUUCUUAGUGAUACUGAUCCAGGCUAGGGCGCCGUUGCUGAUACCUACAGCAGCUUCCUCGGUAGCCGAGUGCUGGGGGGCAUCGGCAUGGCCCCCUACGAGGUGUUAGUACAGGCGACGAUCAGUGAUCUUUAUUUCGUCCACGAGGUACGUAGUUCACAUUCCUCUUGAACAGCCGUGCACUGCUGAUUUCAGGAAAGCGAGGUACUCGCCUUGCAGUCUGGAACCUUUUCCUAUUAUGCGGUAUCGCAGGCGCCUCAUUCAUAUCUGGUUACAUAAUCGAAGAUCUCGGCUACAAAUGGACGUUCGGUAUAUGCUCCAUUCUGUUCGGAACCCUUGGCAUUGGAAUCCUGUUCUUCGUGCCGGAGACUACGUACAUCAGAGGCACAGCGCCCACCCAUGUUUUAGCCAAAACAGGCAGUGACGACCAAGAUCAUGUCUCAGAGAAGGGAAAACACCUUGAGAAGGGCAUGCACGUGGAGUAUCACGAGACACCGAGCGUCCUUACAGGCAAUGGUUCUACCAGCAGCGGAGCUAUGGAGCCGAAGAUUUCAUACUGGCGAACACUCACUUUAUAUACUGGGCGUUACACAGAUGCGCCACUUUGGAAGAUCUUUGCGCGUCCAUUCAUCGUGUUUGUAAGUUACGCGCCAUACAUAAGUCCAGCUGCCUUCAUUGCUAAUCCUAUUCUAGUUUUACCCGUGCGUACUCUGGGGCUUCCUCGUGUACGGUACCACUUUGACUUGGAUAGUGUAAGUGCCCAAUGAAGUGCUUCAAAGCUUGUUGCUAACCUAUACACAGUGUGUUCAGCGUUGUGAACGGAGUCAUCUUUGUCGCUCCGCCGUACAACUUCUCCGUCUCUCAGACUGGCCUCAUCGGCUUGAGCCCAUUCAUUCUCUGCAUCAUCGGCGAAGUCAUUAGCGGACCACUCAAUGACUGGAUAUGUCUGAGACUGGCAAGGCUCAAUCGUGGAAUCUACGAACCGGAGUUUCGACUUGUACUCAUGAUUGUCGUGGUCAUGCUGGGGACCGCCGGAUUCUAUGGCUUCGGAGCUACGAUACACUACCAAACUCACUGGUCUGGGCCCGUAUUGACGUUUGGACUGGCCAACAUGGCUCUCGCCUUCGCAAGUACUUGUGUGUUCGGAUAUGUUUUGGUAGGUAGCGGGACUUCCAGCUCCCCAACACUGAUGCUGAACUUGGUUCCAGGAUUGCUACCCAACACUUGCUGAAGAGGCUUUCGUCGCCAUCAAUGCCCGCAAUCUCCUGACAUUCGGACUGGUUUGUGUUUCAAAUCGAGGCCGUCAAAUGUCGGCUGACUUUAACACAGACAUACUUCGUCAAUUCGUGGCUUGCGCAAGCCGGUCCACUCGCCGUGUUCAACGUGCUGGGAAGUUGUUUCUUGGCAGUGUGCGCAUGUAAGAAUCAACACCUUCUGAGGCACAAACCGAAUGUUCUGCUGACUCGAGUCAAUGAUGUAGUGACCGUGCCCUUGUGGGUCUUUGGCAAAAAAAUUAGAUCGUGGGUCGCGAGCAAUGUCUGGUUAUCAGAAUUCAUGAGGGAUAUCUGA